AUGCCUUGUGAGAGUUGUGCAGUACAGUUUAGUGUAUUUAAGAGAAAACGGCUCUGCUCAGAAUGCGAGCGGUACUACUGCAGUGGAUGUCUGCGACGCGGAGGCGGCACUAUGUGUGCGCCGUGCCGUGUCCUUUCUACCAGACCACUCUUCAGACAAACCAUAGCCCACCUCAAAGUUCGUGAUCUCCAGUGCUUUCUAAAGCAUCAAAAUGUUUCAACUCGAGGUUGUGUUGAAAAGGAAGAGCUUUUAACUCUGUGCAUAUCUCAUGUCAACAGUGCGGCAUAUAAAAAACAUGGACCUCGUAGUGGCCCCAGUCCCCUGACAUCUACACUGAAAGGAAUAACCAAUAAUUUCAAUGAGUUCAUCACUUCAACAUUUGAUUUACGGACGGGACAACCAGCACCCCAACCCAAUAGAAGUAGUUGUUUUAAUGCAGCCCAUGCGCAUUCGCCCACGAGUGGGUCCGAUGUCGGUGACUCAAAUGGAAUAAUUGGUGACAGAUUAUUUAACCUCACACCUGGUGGCGAGAGUGACGUUCGCGUCCACGUGCCUGAUCCUGGCCCCAUUUCACCCGAGCCCCGCAGCGAGUCCUUAGAGAGUACACGGGUUGACACUAUGGACUGCUUUGAGAUCGAAGACCUUGACGACACAGGCUGGGAGUUCGUUAAUCGGCCGGCUGCCCCACUGCCAAAUGAUUCGGAGUACCUAAUAACGAAUGAAGAAGUAGACAAUAACAUCUUAGCGGCGGGGCGCUCGGCUUCAGAACUGGACCUGUCCCGGCCGGGGUCAGACUCACAUCUAGACACAGUUAGCUUACAAGACGAGCCCGUCCAUUCCCAAACUGUUGAACAGGAAGCUACACCUGACUUGCCGCAACACAUAGAUUUGGAACACAUUAAGCGAGCAUCGGACCUCAAUGCGCUGAACGUGAAACAGUUGAAGGAAUUGCUGGCGCGGAACCGGGUCGAAUAUCGGGGCUGUCUCGAACGAGCCGACCUCCUUCAGCGAGCGAAAAUGCUUUGGACCGACCACGAAAAGUCGAAACAAGAUAUUGACAAGCUGCCGCUGGAAGACUGUUGCAAGAUCUGUUUCGCGGCGCCACUUGAAUGCGUGCUCCUGGAGUGCGGCCACAUCGCGGCCUGCACCGCCUGUGCUAAGCAGUUGCCAGAGUGCCCGAUCUGCCGGCAGUACGUCGUGCGCGCCGUGCGGUUCUUCCGCUCGUGA